AUGAUAUCUAUGAGAUUAGCUAAGGGGGCUGCCGUGAAGCUCGAACGGAGGCCAGCUGAGGCACCCCAUAAUUUAAGGGACAUAGUGCUCACGUUAGCAGAAGUCAUAAGGUUUAGUUAUGCAGAGACCCUAGGCAAAUGGCAUCUCUUGGAUUUGCCAAGAGCCAUUUUUUUUGCUAUCGUGGACAAGAGGAGGAAAACAAUUCCAAUGGUAUGUACAGAAAGUAGUGAUUAUAAAAAACUGGAAGAUCCCGAAUUAUUAAAGAGGCUGUAUGACAUCAAAGAAUGCUUGACACGAACCAUGCUUUUCAGCAAAAAAAGCUUUCGUGCGUUUCUAUUUGCCGCUGGAUUCUCCAGGGAGGAUGUCAUUCUGAGGAAGAGAAGAGCUAGGAUUCUAAAGCCUGCUUUCACAGUUAUACGUGACAAAAAAUCAGAGUGUUUGUUUGUGUUCAUCCGUGGAACUCAAAGCAUAACAGACACCCUGACAGAUGCAAUCGGUGCUCCAGUUUCCUUCAAUCAUUUCAUUUACAGUGAUGGUGAGCUAAAAAGGAACAACAAGGUUUCAGGACAUGGACACCGUGGCAUGGUUGCUGCAGCUGGUUGGAUCAAAAAGCACUGCACUCCUAUACUUCUUGAUGAACUUCGUCAACGCCCUCAUUUCCAAAUCAGGAUCGUUGGGCACUCGCUUGGUGGUGGUACUGCUGCACUGUUGACCUAUAUGCUUAGAGAAAUAAAGCAGUUCUCUUCAUGCACCUGUGUCACCUUUGGCCCAGCUGCUUCUGUGUCAUUGGAGUUAUCGGAAUUUGGGAGGCCCUUUAUCGUUUCCGUUAUAAACGAUUUAGACGUAGUGCCUACAUUGUCAGCGUCUUCCGUUGAGGGUUUCAUUAAACAGGGUAAGGUUCAGCACGAAAACAUACUAAGUUCUGCACGUAGCUCAAUAACUGCAAUUGGAUCUCGCUUACCAUUUGCAUCUACUGCGAAAGCCAUUGCAGAUCAUGCAGCAACUCGUGGCUCCCAGAUUGUGAAGACGCAUAAACAAAGAACUCGAUCGUUGUUAUCAUGGUCCAAGAAUAAUCCUGAAAAAGAAAAUGGUGGCACGUUGUCAAGCUCUAAAUCAGAUAACUUGGCUGAAGCUUCUCGAUCAUUGGAGAUAAGCAAUGAAGUGGCUGAAGAAAUAAUAAUCCCAGAGUCUACGAGUGAUGAGGACGAAUCCAAUUUCUCUGAUGAAGGAUCUGACAAUGAUGAUGAAAUAGAUGAAGAGGAACAAAUCAUAUCUGCUUUUAAGAAUAUUAACACUGCCUCUGACGAAGAAUUGUUGAAUCAUGAGUUGGAGAAGCAUGAACUGCAGAAACAGGAUAGCAGAGUUGACAUUAAGGAAACACAAGAAGUCACAACCAGAGACAUCACUGAAGAUGAAUCCAAUAAUGAGGGUGUCCAUACUGAAGAAAAUGGUGGUGUAGACCCAAAAACAAACAACAAGAAUACACAUGCUCUUUUUCCUCCAGGCACGAUCAUGCAUAUUGUUCCUGAACACUCUUCUAAAGAUUCUAAUUCAAACGACUAUGAUCCUGAAAAGAAACAACUCUCCUUAUAUGAACCGCCCAAACACCUGUAUGGAGAGCUUAGGGUUUCAAAAAGGAUGAUACUGGAUCAUAUGACAAAUAAUUAUCUAAAGAUGUUAGACCAAUUGAUCAGUCAACUACAGAACGGAAACUCCCCACAUGGUGGAUGA